CAAUUAGUUAUCAGAAUGGAUAAGACUGACGUGGAGAUGGAGGAUGCUGAAAACAAGGUCCAUGAUGUCCAAAACAGUGUGGUAGAGUCGAUUGAUUCCAAUUUGAAACCUGAAGGGCCUGCUGUUGCUUGCCAACAGUCCACUGAGUCACUGGUGGAGUGCCAAGAAAAUGCUAAAACAGGGACAGAAGACCAAAAUAACCACCCCGAGAGUGGGGAUAAGAGCCCAAUUCCUGCUGAAAAUGGGAACGGAGAGCAGAACAGUAAUGUCGUGGAAGGUGAAGGCAAUGCUAACGAUGAUACAAUGAACCAGAAUGAUUCAAAGGCUGUGGUAGAGGACCAGAGGAAUGCUGCAAGUGAGACAGCGACUAUAGGCCAGCCGGAGACUCAAGGCAAUACACCAGUUGAUGACCAAAAUAAUGCUACAGGUGGAACAAAAGGAGAAACCAUAAUUGAGGAGAAAAAAGAAGGGGAUCCUGAUGCAGAUGUGGCAUUGAAGAAGGAAGAACCUAUUGGAAAUGUUGCACACCAUGAUACUAGAGGUGUAAACAUGCAGGUACAUGAGGAGCUACCUGCUAAUGAAGUAGGUGACAGUGGAAAAGAGGUGAAGGAAGCUCAUCAGGCUGAGAACUCGAUCAAAGAUGUUCAUCAAAAUGGGAUUGAUAUGAUGGUCGAUGAACAGAAGAAAGUGGAACAUAAAACUAAUACUGCAAGUGUUAUCUCUGAUCGUGAUGAUAGAUCAAAUGAGUUGUCAGAGACAAAAGAUGAUGUUAAGAAUACUGCUAUUGCAAAGAUGCCUGAGCCAGCUACUCCGAAUUUGUCGGUGAAAUGUGACACUGCAAACACUGGGGAAGCAUCAAAUAAGAUCUUUGAUGAAUCAAAGAUGGCUGACGACGAGGAUGAAGAUGAGGAUUGGAAUGAUGAUGGAUCACCAGAGGAUCAAGCAGCUUUUAUGAGAGACCUUGAAAUUUUUUACCGGGAGAGAGCAAUUGAAUUUAAACCACCCAAGUUUUAUGGCAUUCCUCUUAAUUGCCUGAAGUUGUGGAGAUCUGUGAUCAGAUUGGGUGGCUAUGAUCGGGUUACUGGCUCCAAGUUGUGGAGGCAAGUUGGCGAAUCGUUUAAUCCCCCCAAGACUUGCACAACUGUAUCCUGGACAUUCCGCAUUUUUUAUGAGAAGGCUCUUUUAGAAUAUGAAAGGCAUAAGACGCAAAGCGGCAAGCUUCAACUUCCUAUUGCUGCUCUUCCUGAAGCAGGUGUUGACAAUGAGGGAAAUGGUAAUCAAACUCCUGGAUCAGGCAGGGCGAGAAGAGAUGCUGCUGCUCGUGCUAUGCAAGGAUGGCAUGAGCAACGUCUUCUUGGUUGUGGCGAGGUUGGGGAGCCAAUUGUAAAGGACAAGAAUGCCAACAAUACGCCAAAGCGUGAGAAGAAUUUCAAAAGCAUUGGUUCUAUAAAACACAAGAGACCAAAUGAAGUGGAACACCCUUCGAAAGUGGCACGAACAGAAACAUCUAAGCAGUUGGUUACAACAGUUGUUGAUUUGGGACCUCCAGCUGAUUGGGUAAAGAUCAACGUGCGAGAAACAAGAGAUUGUUUUGAGAUCUAUGCUCUGGUGCCUGGGCUUUUGAGAGAGGAGGUGCGAGUUCAAUCUGAUCCUGCUGGCCGUCUGGUCAUAACUGGUCAGCCGGAGCAACUUGACAACCCUUGGGGUAUUACCGCCUUCAAAAAGGUAGUAAGCCUGCCAGCUAGAAUCGAUCCACUUCAGACUUCUGCUGUUGUUAGCCUCCAUGGACGGCUCUUUGUUCGUGUACCAUUUGCAUAGUGAAAUAUUUGACUGAAAGCGGGAGUUUUGAACAUUUGGCUGAACUUGAUUGACAAAGCAUGGAUGCUGAUAGUUGACCAACAUUGAUAGUCAGAUUGUGAAUGCUAGGGCCUUAGAUUGUUGGAUCUGUGUAUGAUGAUUAGUUUGAUCAAAUUAGUUGUUGACGUUCUGUGGGUCAAAAUUUGACAGCAAAAGGAGGCAUGUCCAGCUACAGCCCCCGCUGCGACACAUUUUUUUACUCUGGGAAUUGAGGGAAUUUGCUAGAACCUUUUUGUUCUGAGAUUAAUAUUGAUACUUACUUAUUUCUAGUUA